CAUGUCCGCGCUGCCUGCGCGGGGGCGGCGGUGUGCGCUGCGUGCGUACGAGCCGGAGGAGCCGGAGCUCAAACGACCAUGCAAGCCCUUGGAACCCCUGCCAAACCAGGCUGGUGCUCUCCUCAUCGAUUGUGCCAUGGAGCUGGACUCAAAACAGAAAAUGUCUGCUGGCUCUGGUCCUUGGGCUGCAAAAACAAAGCAAAACUCAGUGAGCCUUGAAAACCAUGGAAGCAGAGGUACUGCCCAACCUUGCCCAAGAUGUAUUGCUGGAGAAUCUGGACACUUCAAUCAUAUCCUGGGCUUCUAGGAGUGGAAAAGUGAUGGAUCAGCAGAACUGCUCUUCUGGUUAGACUCUGAAGACUCACCUCUGAACCUCACACGGCUGGAUAUCUGCACAUCACUCACAGCCUGCAUCUGAGUGUGGUAUCCACCACAGAUCGCUCUGCUGUCACUCUUCCAGUGCACAAUUCUGGGUGUGACUGGUUCUACACAUGAAACAAUGCUUCUGCUUCUAAGAUAGCUCACAAUAUGGUUUGUUAAAAAAGCUGAAUGAAUUUUUUUAGACUGGUUAAGUUGGUCUGGCCUUUGGCCCAGUCUUCACCUUGGACUGGGGUCAAAGGCCAUGUUGAUGCCAGAGGUUUUCUUCUCACUCUUGGGGCACCUUCUCUGAUACUCUUGGCGAAGAUCCUUGCAUUGACAUGGGUCUGGGGCCUGCAGUUUUCACUCAGCCCUACGUGUGCAGGCAGAAGUGGGAGGACACAAGUGUCUUCAUUUUUAGAUGGCUGAAGGAAGGCCAGUGAAGAAUCACAUCUUGUGAGGUACAGUCAGAGACCUGGGGUUGUUCAGCCUGGAAAAAAGGAGGCUGAGGGGAGACCUUCCAGCUCUCUACAAUUCCCUGAAAGGAGGUCAGAGUGAGGUGGGAGUUGGUCUCUUCUCCUCUCCCAAGGAACAAGUGACAGAACAAGAGGAAAUUACCUCUGAUUGUACCAAGGGUGAUUCAGAUUGGACAUGAGGAACAAUUUCUUCCA